AUGUUGCGGUGGUACCAGUCCAAGUUGGCCAAGCAGCCUAUUUUCACUGCGAGUGUUACCAGUGCUAUACUCUUCGGUAGCGGUGACGUCCUAGCUCAGCAAUUGGUAGACCGUAGGGGUGUCGAGAAACAUGACAUCGCAAGAACCGGGCGCAUGGCUCUUUAUGGUGGAGCAAUCUUCGGUCCGGCCGCCACGACAUGGUUCGGUUUCCUCCAACGUCAUGUCGUCCUGAAGAACAGCAAGGCUACUAUUGUCGCUCGAGUGGCAGCUGAUCAAUGUCUCUUUACUCCGACACACCUUACUUGUUUCUUGUCGUCUAUGGCCAUCAUGGAGGGCAGUGACCCGAUAGAGAAAUUGCGCACCACCUUCUGGCCCAGUUAUAAGGCCAAUCUCACUAUCUGGCCGCUGGUGCAGGGUGUUAACUUCACAUUCGUGCCAUUGGAAUACCGUGUACUCGCGGUUAACUUGGUUAGCUUGGGUUGGAACUGUUUGUUGAGUAUGAUCAACAGUGGUGACGCAUGA